GCGGAGCGGUGGCCAGCAUCGAACCGCCGCGUCCAAGGCCCCCAAACAAGAGGCCCGUCGGAUGCAGACGGACCCGGCCGAGGCCACUGCUCCCCGGACCCCUGCCUCGCCUCGUAACAGCCUCUUUAAGAAGGGGAGCCGCAGGCGCCCUGGUGACGCUCACGUGACUCGGCUCUGUGCAACUGCUGGCGGAAGUGGUCCAGCGUCUGCGACCGGAGCGGGGUCUCCGGACGCCCCGAGGGGCGUGCAGGCCUGAGCGGGCACGGACGGGCCGCCCCGGAGCCGGUGGUCAGGAUGGUGCAGCUGUAUAACCUGCACCCAUUCGGGUCGCAGCAGGUGGUGCCCUGCAAGUUGGAGCCCGAGCGGUUCUGCGGCGGAGGACGCGACGCGCUCUUCGUGGCGGCAGGCUGCAAGGUGGAGGCAUUCGCGGUGACCGGACAGGAGCUGUGCCAGCCGAGGUGCUCCUUCUCCACGUUAGGCAGAGUGUUGUGCCUGGCCUACAGCGAGGCCGGAGACUAUUUGGCAGUAAUUGAAGAGAAAAACAAAGCUACGUUUCUACGUGCAUAUGUGAACUGGAGAAGUAAAAGGACUGAAAACUGUCGCGUGUGUAUCCGAAUGCUUGGACAUAAUGUGGAGGCACCCUUUAACGAAACCUACAAAGACCAGAUGUCUAUUAUUGAAAUGCCGCUUUCUGAGGCCCCCUUGUGCAUCUCCUGUUGCCCAGUGAAAGGAGACCUUCUUGUUGGUUGCACCAAUAAGUUAGUCUUAUUUAGUUUGAAGUAUCAGAUCAUUAAUGAAGAAUUCUCAAUAUUGGACUUUGAACGUUCUUUAAUUAUACACAUAGAUAAUAUCAUUCCUGUAGAAAUUUCUUUUUGUAUUGGUUAUGUUGCUCUCAUGUCAGACUUAGAAGUCUUAAUCCUAAAACUGGAAUCAGACCCUAAAAAUGGAGAGAGUGUUAACCACCAGCCACCUAAGACCAACAAUCCAAUGAAACAGACAGAAGAUGUCAGUAAUGAAACUUUGCAGCUUGAGUCAGAUGAUUUUGUUAUCUGUCAAAAGCCCAUGGAACUUCUCGGUGAAAAAAGUAGCCAGUCUGGAAUAUCUGUUACACUGGAGUCAACGGGAUUAGCUGAUGAAAAAACAAAAUAUUACCACGUUCAGCACCUGCUCUAUAAACGUUUUGCUCCUGAUAUUUCGUCCUAUGUCUUUUCUGAUGACAUCAAGUUACAUUCACUUCAGUUGCUACCCAUUUACCAAACAGGUUCCCUAACUUCUGGUAGAAAAAAUUUGUCUCAGGAAAAAGAGUUGCUGAGUCUCUUCUGUUUUUUCUCAUUACCUCAUGUGGGCUAUCUGUACAUGGUUGUCAAAUCUGUUGAAUUAAUGUCAGUUUACCAGUAUCCUGAGAAGUCUCAGCAGGCGGUGCUCACACCACAAUUUUUGCAUGUCAUCGCAAGCAACAACCUACAGUGUUUCACGGUGCGGUGCAGUGCGGCAGCAGCUCGUGAGGAGGACCCAUACGUGGACACCACCCUGAAGGCUUGCCCACCUGUCAGUAUGGAUGUCUGUGCUUUAAGAAUACAGCUUUUCAUAGGCUUGAAAGCCGUCUGUCACUUUAAAAACCACCUCAUACUUUUGACCAAGGCAGACCCAGAGGCCAUUCCAGAGAGAAGAGAUUCACCCAAGAGGCUUCUUUCUAGAAAAGGAGCCAGUGGUAAGCUUAAAGCACCUUCUGUAGCUGAGGCUGGGUGGAAUUUGUAUAUUGUGGAUACGAUCUCACCAGUGCAACUGUACAAAGAAAUGGUAGACUACAGUAAUACCUAUAAGACGGCAAAAACCCAGAGCUGCAUCCACCUGCUUAGCGAGGCUCAUCUGUUAGUGAGGGCUGCCUUGAUGGAUGCCCAUCAGCUGGAACCCGGAGAAAAAGCAGAGCUUUUGGAAGCAUUUAAAGAAAGCUGUGGGCACCUUGGAGACUGCUACAGCAGGCUUGACACCCAGCAUUCCCACCUUGCCUUGCCAUACUAUAAGAUGUCUGGUCUAUCUAUGGCUGAAGUUCUAACCCGAGCGGACUGGGUACUAGAGGAUGGAUCGCAGAAAUAUGAGAGGGGGUUAAUCUUUUACAUUAAUCAUUCACUUUAUGAAAAUCUGGAUGAAGAAUUAAGUGAAGAGUUAGCAGCAAAAGUGGUUCAUAUGUUCCAUGCGGCUGAGCCAAAGCAACUGCCCCAUAUUCUCUGUAGUCCCUCUAUGAAGAAUAUUAACCCUUUAACUGCCAUGAGCUAUCUAAGUAAGCUGGAUACUUCUGGGUUUUCAUCGAUCUUGGUGACAUUGACCAAAGCAGCAAUGGCUCUGAAAAUGGGAGAUCUUGACAUGCACAGAAAUGAAAUGAAAAGGCAUCCAGAGAUGAAGUUGGUAUGCGGCUUCAUUCUGGAACCUCGGCUGUUGAUUCAACAGAGAAAGGGACACAUUGUCCCCACUGAUCUUGCAGCACACUUGAAGGACACUCAGCCCGGACUGCUCGUGGCUUCAGUUCUGGGCUUACAGAAGAACAACAAAAUUGGAAUCGAAGAAGCAGAUUCCUUCUUUAAGGUGCUUUGUGGUAAGGACGAAGAUAUCAUUCCUCAGCUCUUGGUAGACCUUUGGGAAGCUCAGCUCAUAGCAGGUCUCCCAGAUGUGGUUCUCCAGGAACUCUUUUAUAAGCUCACAUCGCAGUACAUCUGGAGAUUAUCCAAGAGGCAGCCCCCUGACACCAUACCAUUGCGAACAUCAGAGGAUCUGUUUCAUUCAGGGAGAGGCAGCAAGGCUGAGACUUCUCCAGGGGCAUAUAUUCUAAAAGACGUUUGCUCCCAUUCCCAGAUUAAUGCCUGUAGUCAUUAUGGCUUAAUCUAUCCUUGGGUUAAUGUCUUAAUAUCAUCCGAUUCCUUAGCGGAUAAAAGUUAUACAGAAGACCUUUCAAAAUUACAGUCUCUUCUUUGUGGUCCUUCAUUUGACAUAGCUUCCAUUAUUCCAUUCCUGGAACCACUCUCAGAAGACUCUAUAGCCGGCCUCAGUGUCCAAGUUCUGUGUCAGACACGUUUGAAAGAGUAUGAACAGUGUAUAGACACACUGUUAGAAAGAUGCCCAGAGGCGAUCAUUCCAUAUGCUAAUCAUGAAUUGAAAGAAGAAAAUCGGACUUUGUGGUGGAAAAAACUGCUGCCUGAACUUUGUCACAGAAUAAAAUGUGGAGAGAAAGGUCAGCUUUACCUGUCGUCAUUAAAAGAAACGUUGUCAGUUGUUGCUGUGGAACUAGAACUAAGGGAUUUCUUGAAUGUCCUCCCAGAAGAUGGCACUGCAGCAUUUUUCUUGCCGUAUCUUCUUUAUUGUAGUCGGAAGAAAUCAUUGACUUGACGGUUUCAUUUGAAAAAUACCACAAUGCCAUAGAAGACUGACUUUUAAAAAAAUUGAAUGUCUGGUAAAAAUGUAAAUAAAAGAUUUUCAUAUCAAAUAUAUACAUUUAUUGUAGAUGCUUUCAGGCUGCUUACCUUACCAUGUACUGGUAUUAUUAGUUUGGUACUUUAUAACUUGCAUGCAUUUAAUUGUCCAGAAUGUAAAAAAAGCUACAAAAUUAAGAAUUUUCUCAUGUGUUUCUAAAACUAGACACUGACUUUUAUUCCAAGGAACAUCAAAUCAGUGCUGUUGGAGAAGUGACAGUCUUUUUCACACCAAAAACACAAAGAAACAUUUGGUAGGUCUGUUUGAAAGAAUGUCACUUCAAGUGGCCCAGAAUUUAUUCUUCUUGAUUUUUCCAGAUUUCUCAAUUAGGUCACUUCUUCUUCUUUUUUUUUUUUUUUUGAAUAAUUUUUUUUGGGAAAGAGGUUAAUGUUUUCCCACAGUAAAAGAUUUCAAACUUUACUUUUUUGUUACUUUUCAAACUCAUGCUGUGGUUUCUCCCUGAAUCAAUGAAGUAGAAAUUUACAAAGUUAACUGUCUUUUUGUCUGGACAUUAACAUAAUUUGUUGGAUGCAUGUUUUUCCGGCCAAAGCCUUGUUUCUAUUUUUUGUUGUUGUGUACUUUUGCUCUUUUAACUAGAGUAUAUGUGAAAAUAAAGAAAUGUAUCAUUGUAUUUA